CGGCUCUGUACAGUCUGCAGGUAUGUGUGUGGUCAUCAGGAGGGGUGGGGGAGCGGACAGCACCAUUAACCCCUUCAGGACCUGACACGUGACUGAGGCGGUGGCAUGAUCCUCUGCUGAUAUCUUCUAUAUAAGAGAAGUUUCCUGAUCAACCAUGGAGAGAGACAGGAACAAGAUGGCCAACAGAAUAAUAAACCUCACCCUAGAGAUACUCUUCCGGCUUACUGGAGAGGAUUACACAGUAGUUAAGAAGUCCUCUAGUGGGCGCUGUCGGGCCCCUGUGUGUGAAGGAUGGGGAAGAACCCUGAGCCCAAUCCCGGGGCCCCCACCUCAAUCCCUGAUACAUGAGGAAAUUGAUGAACAGAAGAUCCUAGAACUGAUCAACAAGAUGAUGGAGCUUCUGACUGGAGAGGUUCCUAUAAGGUGUCAGGACGUGGCGGUCUAUUUCUCCAUGGAGGAGUGGGAGUAUGUAGAAGGACACAAGGAUCAGUACAAGGAUCAGGUGAUGAUGGAGGAUCAGCAGCCCCUCACAUCAGCAGUCAGAUCCAGUAAGAGAACAGCAGCAGAGAGGUGUCCCCGUCCUCUUCUUCCACAGGAUCAGGAUCAGGGAGAAGAUCUGAUCUAUAUUAAUGCUCCAGACAUAAUAGUAAAGGAAGAAGAAGAGACAGAUGUGAGCGGUGAUGAGCAGUCUAAAGAGGACAUUCCUACGGGGAAACAUCUCAUCUAUAUUAAAGUAACAGACAUAAAGGAGGAAGAAGAAGAGACAAAUGUGAGCGGUGAUGAGCAGUAUAAGGAGGACAUUCCUACAGGGAAAGAUCUGAUCUAUAUUAAUGCUACAGACAUAAAGGAGGAAGGAGACGAGACAGAUGUGAGCAGUGAUGAGCAGUAUAAGGAGGACAUUUCUACAGACCCAGAUGACUGUACCAGGAGAUCAGAGGAGAAUCUUAUAUCUUCAUAUUAUAAAGCAGAUGAUGAUAUCACACAAGAUACAUAUGAAGAACAUUCCAUUAUCCCAGAUACACCCUCAGCCCUUCACAGACAAGAUCUGUCAUCUGAUCCUUAUAUACAGGUUCUACCCUCUGAUCCAUCAGAGCAAAAUAUAAGUCACAAAAGGGGCGAUGAACAACUAAAAUCUCCCACAGAGAAGCAAUUUUCAUGUUCCAAAUGUAGAAAAUAUUUUACUCAGAAAUCCUAUCUUAAACGACAUGAGAGAAUUCACACAGGGGAGAAGCCAUUUUCAUGCCCACAAUGUGGAAAAUGUUUUAAUCGGAAAUCAAAUCUUGUUGAACAUCGGAAAACUCACACAGGGGAGAAGCCAUUUUCAUGCCAAGAAUGUGGGAAAUGUUUUACUGGGAAAUCAAAAGUUGUUGAACAUCAGCGAAUCCACACAGGGGAGAAGCCAUUUUCAUGCCAAGAAUGUGGGAAAUGUUUUACUUGGAAAAAAGAUCUAGUUCUACAUGAGAGAACUCACACAGGUGAGAAGCCAUUUUCGUGUUCAGAAUGUGGCAAAUCUUUUACUUUGAAAAUAACACUUAUUAACCAUCAAAAAACCCACACAGGAGAGAAGCCUUAUUUAUGCCCAGAAUGUGGAAAAUGUUUCAGUCGAAGAUCAACUCUUGUUAAACAUCAGAAAACUCACACUGGGGUAAAGCCAUUUUCAUGUAUUGUAUGUGGAAAGUCCUUUAGCCAAAAGUCAGCUCUGAUUUCACAUCAAAUAACUCACACAAGAAAAACACUUUCAUGUCCGGAAUGUGGGAGGUGUUUUACUUCAAAGAAAAUACUUAUUAACCAUCAAAAAACCCACUCAGGUGAAAAGACAUAUUUAUGUCCAGAGUGUGGGAAAUGUUUUACUCGGAAAACAGAUCUCGUCGAACAUCAAAGGACCCACACAGGAGAGAAUCCAUUUUCAUGUUUAGACUGUGGAAAAUAUUUUACUGUGAAAUCAACUCUGGUUAACCAUCUAAGAACUCACACAAGGGAGAAGCCAUUUUCAUGUCCAGAAUGUGGGAAAUGUUUUACUCAGAAAUCACAUGUUGUUAAACAUCAGAAAAUUCACAGAGAAAGAAGCCUUAUUCAUGAACCGUAUGUGGAAAAUCUUUUAACCAAAAGUCAACUCUAACUGCACAUUUAAAAAACGUACACAAGAAAAAGUACGGGAAAGAUUUUACUCACAAAUUAUACUUUAUAAAACCCAAAAACUCCUUUUAUGUGUUGUCUGUCAGUUUUUUUUGUAAGUCAGGGGCCGGUUGCCCCCUUUUUUUUUUUUUUUUUUAAGGUCAAGAUGGACAUAAGUUGUUAAAGGGGCACUCCGCUGCCCCAGUGUUCUGAACAUUUUGUUCUGAAUGCUUGGAGUCGGCGGCGGGGUCAUGACGUCACAGCCAUGCCCCUUCCCAUAGGCUUGCAUAGAGGGGGUGUGAUGUGAUGUCACAAGGGGCCGUGAUGUCACAACCGCGCUGCCCAUUCUAAGUAUUCGGAACGUCUUAUCCCCUAUCCUUUUGGAAUCUAGGGGCGGAGUACCGCUAUAUGGAGUCAGAGUACAUAUUUCUAUAGUUUCUCGGUGGGUCUUACAUGACCAUUUAAAUGGUCACUCUCAUUAAAAAAAAAUUUGCUAUUGCGCUCCUUAUGGUAAAUAAAAAAUAUUUCUAAUAUACUUUGUUUAAAAAAAAAAAG